UCUCGUUCCCCGUCGGAGCCCCACAUCGACAAGCUGGGCGACCACGCCCUCACGUGGCUCCGUCCGUCCGCGGGCGGCCCCUCCGCGCCGACAUCGCUCUCCUCGUUCGCCACGGAGGAGGAGCUCUACCUCAUUCCCUCUCUCCUGCCCGAAGCCCGCCCGGCCCUCGUCCCCUACGUGUGGCCGCCCAACCACGUUGCGGGCGAAACGAUCUUCGGGCGGUGCUAUCGGUUCGAGUUCAUCCCCAAGGGAUUCAUGGGCAGGUUGAUCAUCCGCCUUCUCGCGUUCCCUCUGACAGUGCAGAUCUGCUGGCUCACCGGCCUUUUGGCCAGCAUCGGGAGGGAGAAGAUCCUGGUGGAGAUCUCGCCCGAUGAGUUGAUGCUCAACAUCACGGUGCGGACCGAGCUCCGGGGCGAGCAGAUGUCCAAUCUGUCGUGGCUCGUCUUUGCAGCCGUCGACUCUCUGGUGAAGGAGUGGUACAACCUCAACGUACCGGAUGGUCCAGCUGCUGCAAGCUCGUAA